GAACAGGAUGUAGACGCUCACCUGCACAAGACACGCGGACAGGUGAAGCGAGAACCGACCAGGCAUGACGGUGUAAACUUUCUGCAAUUUUAGUCCAUCUACAAUGGAAGAUCGACUUUAAUAGUUUGACUUUUGGGUGCAUGGGGAGGUCAAGCAACACCUGGUGACCCCCAAGAGGUUAGUUCAAAGUUUGUACUGUUACCUGUGUCAACAAAUACCUAGGUCAUAUCGGUGCAUUGACUGCCAAACAGGAACAUGGCGUCCAGCAUAACGCAGAUUUCUGCGCAAGGUUCGGCACCAAGUGUGGCUUUUUCACAGACCACCAUCGGAGAAGGGUCGCACCUGUACAAGGAGACAUUCCAGGACAGGAUCAGACAGUGGCGACAAUGGCUGGCUGGAACGGAUUUCGAAGGACAUUAUGUGAUCAUGGGGCGCGCAGCGCAGAACUGGCUGUUCCUCAUCAUUGGAUAUACAGUACUCUAUGCUUCGUUGGUCAGUCUGGGUGUGACAUUUAUGGCUGCCUUCUACUGGGUGAUCGACUGGAACUACCCGAUGCUUCAGCCUCCAGACUCCAUCCUCCAGACUCCUGGAAUGAACUUCCGACCUCAGCCAAACAUUUACACCUCACUGGUGUACUCCAUCAAGGGAGUGUCCACCACGUACUAUCAACACAUGGACCACCUCGACAGUUAUUUGAGAUUCUAUGAAAAUCAAAGACAGCAAGGUGAAAACUACAUUGACUGCAGUGAGAUCAGAGAAAGACGAACAAAAGACUUUAACAAAGUUUGCCGCUUCGAUCUUAUUGAGUUGGGCCCAAUGUGUGUGAAACAGCUAAGCUAUGGGUAUGAUGAUGGCAUGCCAUGUGUGCUGCUGAAAAUAAACAAGGUGUUUGGAUGGAUGCCAGAAGAAUACACUAAUGAAACAGUUCCGGAGGAUAUUAAGGAUAAAUGGUCACAGUGGUGGAUGACCCUUACUUGUGAAGGGGAGACGGCAGCAGACAAAGAAAACAUAGGACCGAUCUCCUACUACCCAGCAAAUGGCUUCCAUUUCAAGUACUUUCCCUUCCGCAAUCAGCAAGGUUAUAGGCCACCGCUGGUUAUGGUGCAGUUUCCAGAUGCCACCCCAGGCAUCCUUCUGAUGAUAACAUGCAAAGUGUGGGCACGUAAUAUCAUCCAUGACUUUAAUGAACAAACAGGCCUAGUUCACUUUGAGCUGUUAGUUGACUGAAUGAUAUUACAUUAGUUGUUGGUAUAGAAGUUUAAAAGCUUUUUUAUGGCUUGCUUUUUGAGCAGUGGUGCUUUUGUACUCAUGUUCAUACUGUCUUCUUUUGUUCCCAUUUCUGUACACUUCUUUGUGUGUACAUUUGCAGAAGAGCAAUAAAUUAAAAAAAAAGGAAAAGUGAAAACUUAGAAGCUGAGAAGUACUGUAGUCCAUGCAUUCAGACUACAUCUGUACAAGUUUACUUUGUCAUUCAUUUUAUCAUUAUUUUCUUAGAUAUUUACCUAAAAACAUCCAGCUUGCUCAGUAAUCUUUACUCUAUGAGAAGGAUGCUAGUAAACAUGUUUAUGCAGGAAGAUUCUUGUUUUCAAGAACUUCAAACCAUACAUAGCUCUUGGUACUGGUUUGUAGAAAGAUGAACAAAGUUUCAACACAGGAUGACUUCCAUAAGGUUGUCACAAAUAAAUAAUUGCGUAUUUAGUUUGAAUGAGCCUCGAAAUGUGCUGAGAAACAUGACAUAAUUUUAUUUAAACAUAUUCACAGUGCAUGGAAACAGGAUAGCCAGUCACUAUCUGAAAUAUGCUGGCAUCUGUGAUCAGUAUGAUGUUUUCAGAUGUGGGACUUGUGACAGUGAUCUGAAAAAGAACCAUGCUGAUGGAUGCCCAUGUAGAACACUACAAAAUGUACUUUUUUCCGUUUACAUAAUAACGAUUUGAGAAUGUAGGGGUAUACUUAUCAAAAGAGAAAUAUUUUUUCAGCUCAAGUGCAUGGUGCCAUCUUAAUAUAAAAAAAUUAAAGUUGAUUUAUUUGGCUUCUUUCUCAGAUCAGUAUUAAUAAAACAGUAUUUGAAGUGCUGAGAAUAUAGGGCAAAACAGGGCUAACCUUUCACCAUGUGCCUUCCUUAGUAAAUCAAGAAUUGAUUUGCUGGAUAGCAAAUAUAUAAUAUACAACAUAUUUAGCAAAAUGGAUGCAUACAUUUAUCUGUUAUGUUGGGGUGAUUAAUUUGCAAACUGUGCUAAGCUUGUCCAGUCAUGCAGAUUGGUAUGUACUGAUUGUGUUGCACAAUAUUCUGAGACAAAGAAAAUGGACAGAAGAAAGAUCCAUCAGAAACACAAAAAUCUACCAUGCCAUUAAAACAAAAAGAUUUCAUAUAUAUUUAUUGGAUAUUCCUUUGUUAAUGUUUCCCUUUUGCAGAAGGAUUUAUGGCAAAUGUAUUUGUGAUUGUGUGUGUCCUUUUUUUGAAAAGGAUUUGCAGUAUUGCAGAAAGAAAUGCCAUUUGUUAUCACUUUUUAUGUGAUAAAAAGCUAAAUUUUAUUUUCAAGCAUGACUGAUAUAACAAAGAAAGCGUCACUCAAGCAGUGGGAAGCAGUUGACUAUAUUCUCCAUUUACUAAAUAAAGAGAAAAUCAUCUUGAGAUACAGCGAGAGGAAAAUCUUUUUCAGGAUGUCUAGAGCAUCAAUUCCAUAACACAAAAAAGAUGUUACAGUACGAAUUCUUGCUGUCUUAUCUCCUUUGUGUCACUUUUCAUUUGAGUUAAAAAAAACAACUGUGCAAACAGAUUUGCAAACACAAAUCUUAGUUGACAUCACACAAACUUUGAUUUAGAAUAUCUCUGUGCAAUUAUGAGAUUAGCUAUUUCUUGAUAUUAUUAUUAAUAUAUUUUGUCAACCUGAUUGUUUAUGUCAAAGCACAUUGAGUUUGCUGCCAGCAGGGAGAUUUGCUACGAAAUUGUCUUUCAUUAUUAUUAUAAAUACAAAAAAUACAAGAAUAUUGUUCUUUCCAUUAUAUUAUGGCUAUGAAAAAUAAAAACCAGUAACUUUUUCAAAUGAUUUCAACUUGUCACAAUUUUAAAAAAAUCAAAAAAAAGCUGUAAAUAAGUUUAGUUUAGUUCUUGUUACUCCUCGAGAAGCAUAGAGCCACAGCUGUAAAUAAAGGUUUAUUGAAACAAGCAAAAAUUCCAGGGUUAAUAAAAUACAGAAUUUUUUGUCUUGUGUACAUUUCUUCUGCUUUUGUUUUAUUGUUUCAUACUGGGUUUGGAACGCAAAUCACAAAUGCAAGGAAAAUAUAACACGAAAGAAAAUGUUUAUAUUUUAGUUCUUGUAUGUCAUUUAAAUCAUGAUAUUCUGCAUAAAACUUUCAAGAAUGAAUGAGAAAAUAUUUUUUAUAUAAAAAUAUGCAUUUUUCUUUUAUUAUUUGUUAUCCAUAUAUCCAGAAAUUUAUUCACAAAUAAACAGGAUCUUAGAAAUUAGAACACAUUUUCGUUUGCAGCACAAAAUAUUUGAUGAAAAUAGAAUAUUUCUUGUCUGCAGAAAUGCUUUAUUUUCAGUUACAGAGGAUUAUUUGACACAAGCGUUUUGCACUUUUUGCUUCAUUUUUCACUUGCAAUACAUAGGUUUUUUUUUCUUUUUACCACUUAUGCAUUUUACACUGUAAUUAUGGAUGUUGUGAUCAACAUAUCCAAUGCAAAUGCUUACUCACAUGUUAAUAUUGAAUGAGUAUUUGUACAUUAGUUUAUACAUAAUUAAAUUUCUUUUACAGAUGAGUUCUAAUUUGGAUGUGUGAUUGUAUCUCAUCAUUUUAGAAAACGAUUUUGGAUUUUAAGUCUUUAAGCAAAUGCAGCCAAAGACAUUUUCUAAAGAAAGUAGUUUUAUUAUAAACUGCACUGCAU